AUGGCGCCGACCGAGAGCAGCGCCGAGGUGCGAACAUCGAAAUACUCCUGGAACGGCGAGCAAAAACAGCCGCAUGGUCAACCAGUGCAGAUCGUCUGGAGGAAUGUGGUUUUCAUGUCUCUUCUGCACCUCGGGGCGGUCUACGGGUUAGUCCUCCUCCCUCAGGCCCAUAUAUACACUGCCGUGUGGGCGAUAUUGCUUCACUACUUCAGCGGUGUUCUGGGGAUCACGGCAGGGGCACACCGACUGUGGGCACACCGGACCUACAAGGCCAGGCUCCCGCUCAGAGUAGUCAUGGCUAUGGCUAACUCAGUAGCAUUCCAGAAUCAUAUUCACGAGUGGUCACGUGACCAUCGGUGCCAUCACAAGUACUCGGAAACGAACGGCGAUCCCCACAAUGCCUCGCGCGGGUUCUUCUUCUCCCACUGUGGUUGGCUCCUGGUCAGAAAGCACCCGGAUGUCAUCGCCAAGGGCAAACAGAUCGACCUGAGCGACUUGGCGGCUGACCCUGUCGUCAGAUUUCAGAAAAGGUACUACUUGCCGUCCGUCCUGUUGCUGUGCUUUACUCUCCCUACGGUCGUCCCGAUCCUGGCGUGGCGGGAGAGCCUGACUAACGCCUUCUGCAUCGCCGUGCUGUCCCGUUACGUCCUCACGCUGAACGCCACCUGGCUGGUGAACAGCGCAGCGCACCUGUGGGGAACCCGGCCGUACGACCGCUCCAUCCGCCCCGCGGAGAACCGCUUCGUGUCGUCUGUAGCGGGCGGCGAAGGUUGGCACAACUACCACCACACCUUCCCCUUCGACUACGCCACCGGCGAGCUGGGCUGGAGACUCAACAUGACCACCGUGUUCAUAGACCUGAUGGCGUGGGCCGGACUGGCGUACGAUCUCAGGACAGCGCCACCUAGCGUCGUCAGGGCCAGGGCGUUACGGACAGGGGACGGGACGUGGGGGGAGCAAUACUGA